AAGUUCGAAGUGUUCGGUGUGCGUUCAUCGUUCCAUAUUGCGCAAAUGCAGAUUGGCAUUUCCCAAGCGAUACAUCUUGCUCAAGGAAGCACACUAAAAUUAAGGAUUUUUGGCUCAACAUUGCCAAUGCAGUGCGAUGGCGAAGCGUGGCUUCAGUAUCCUGGUGUCGUGCAAAUUUCUCAUCUGAACCAGGUACUCAUGCUGAUGAAAAAUGACGAUACUGACAAGGAGCAGCUUUCGACAUUUUUUUAA